GGCCCCCUCCGGCGAGAAAAAAAAAAAAAAAAACCCGCGGCUUCUCGUUUCGCCGCCGUCCGCGGCAUCCUCCGCCGGCGGGUUGCUGCGGUGAUAAGCUAUGGCAUGCGCGCGCCCCGUGAGGAGGGUCUCGGCCGUGCUGUAUCACUACCCUUGCCCAGACGGCGCGUUCGCCGCGCUCGCCGCACACCUCUACUUCUCCGCCGCGGCCCUCCCCGUCCGCUUCUUCCCCAACACCGUCUACGACCCAAUCAGGAGUGAUGCUCUUCCAUUUGGUGAAAUCAAAGAUGUUUACCUUCUAGACUUCGUAGGGCCUCCCGGUUUUGUCAAUGAUAUUGCCCCAAAGGUUGAGAGUGUCACAAUCUUGGAUCAUCAUAAGACUGCCUUUGAAAGUUUAUGUGGGAAUGCCACACUUGGAGAAAAUGUCAAGAAGGUAAUUGACAUGCAACGUAGUGGAGCAACUAUUGCAUUUGACUUCUUUAGCGACAAACUCCUGAAGAUAGGUAGUAAUGUAUGGAAUAAUGGAAGUGAUAAUACUGUAAAUGUGGUGAAGUAUCUACCUGAUAACAAGCUUGAAAUGGUACACAAGCUUUUCAAGUUUAUAGAGGAUGGGGAUUUGUGGAGGUGGACCAUUCCAAAUAGCAAGGCCUUCAGCAGUGGCCUCAAAGAUUUGGAUAUCGAGUUUGAUGUCAAUAUGAACAGAAAGUUGUUUGAUCAGUUGCUGGAACUGGAUCCUGAGGAAGUCAUUUCUCGUGGACAAGCAACACUGUCACACAAGCAAAAAAAAAUCGAUGAUUGUCUGGAGAAAUCCUAUGAAAUUGCACUAGGACGUGGCAGGUUUGGCAAUUGUCUGGCUGUCAAUGCUGAUGCAAUUUCAAAUUUAAGGAGCGAACUUGGGAAUCAGUUAGCUGAAAAGAGUUGUAAUUCAAAUCUGAGAAGUAUUGGCGCUGUGGUGUACAAAGUACCUGAGUUGAAUAAUGACAGUAUGCUGAAAAUAAGUCUUAGAAGUUUGAACGAGGAAGACACUACUUCUAUCUCUAAGGAAUAUGGCGGUGGGGGACAUCGGAAUGCAAGCUCAUUUUUGUUGAGCGUUACUGAGUUCGACAGGUGGAAGGCUGGAACUGAACCUUUCAACACCAAAAGGUAAAGAACUUCGUAAAGAAGGAAAUGCAGGAUGUUGCGUAAAAUGGAGUGAACGUAUUAGUCUAGGAAUAAGAUAUGACCAUGGAGCUGUGUCUAGCUAGUUUCAAGAGCCCCCAUUAUUUCUGUAUGAAAAAAAAAAAA